GUGAACGAUAGACAAUUCGAAGAACAUUCAAACAUGGGUUACCUAAUGAAAGCAGGUGAUGUCUGCGUAGGGUUUGAUUUGACGGAAACUCAAUUCGUAGACGAUGAAGCAGAAAAUAUGCGAUCGAGUGGAAAGCUACMAGACGUCGUGGUCAUUCGUAAACUUUAUGGAGGUGUUGCAAAUGGUSAUGUUGAUGCUGCGAAGAAGAGAAAAUGGAGGUUGAGACGAUUAGAUGCGAAGGUAGCAGAAAGCAUGAAGAGCUCCCGUGCUGCCAAAAAAGAUGCCGAGGCAGAGGACAUGGACGAAGAAGAUUUCAUGAGAGAAGUCGAGGCAGAUCGAGAAAUGAGAGAUCAAAUGUAUUUGUAUAAGAGCGACAUUCUGAAAAAGGAAGAAACAAAGGACAAGAGUGACGAUGACGCCAUGAAAGAAGACGGGAACAACGAUGACGACGAUGAGGACGAUGACCAAGAGAUCAAACUUGAAGAACUUUUGGAUGGUCUUGUCAUGGACGAUGGUCCUGACGAAGAGGAUGCUCCACCAACGGAGUUUGAAGAAUUUCUCGAAGAAGGAGAGCAGGCUGCUAAGGAUGGCAUCAAAUAUGUUGGUCGUGACGAGUCGCGCGUGAUCAAAGACAAAGAAAUUGCAGUUCUGCGUACAACAUUUGGGAAAGAGUAUGGAUCGUAAGAUUUUAACUUUCUAACGAAUGACA